AUGGCGAGGCUUGUGUUAAGCUCGAGAGACCCUGCGGGACUGCCCUCCGGGCUCUCACCAGCGAGGCUUGUGUUAGGCCCGGGCCUCCUGCGGCUCCUCGGGAAGCUGGAUUACUGUGCCAGCUCGCCAGAGGCUCUCGGCGGACAUGAGUUGGGUAGCAAUUCACCGAAGAAGACCAGCCAGCUGGUCGCUAUAGCGCUAGCUUGCCGGGGGCUCUUGGCGGGCUGA